GGCAGGCAGGCAGGCAGGUCGCGCAGCUGUGCAGCGGCCGAGACGCGAGCGGCGGUGGACCCACGCAAAAUUUUGGAGUGACAGUGACCCCAAAAAGUCACGCAACUAGCCUCACUGCACUCCUUGCGUUAUUUCAAAGAAACAAACAAAAACAAGACAGAGGCAACAUUUUGCCGCACACUCCAUCUCUUUUUUGGAUCAACUUUAUUUCUUAUUGAUUUCCUUGACAAGACUCGUGAUGGCCGCGUUGUCACUCGCCUCGUUGGUGCUACUGGGAUUUAUCGCGACUUCAGCCUCCAAGGCUGGUGAAGGUGAUCGAGAAGAUCAUCUGAAGCGCCGUCUGAAGGAAUACGGCUUGGUCACUCCAUUCAGCACCGACGCCCACGGACGCUUCCUGUCCCACCUGCUGUCGGCCACCCACAAGCAACGGGUCAGGAGGGAGGCGUCCACGACACCGCCCCCGACGCUCCCACCCACCCCAUCGGAUCGGCUCUUCUUCAACAUCAGCGCCUUUGGCAAGGAGUUCCACCUGCGACUGCGGCCCAACAACCGGCUGGUUGCACCGGGCGCCACGGUGGAAUGGCACGACGACGAAGGCUUUGGGACCGCAGGCGGAGCUUCCCGACCCUUCGCCAACCAGACGGCGUCCGACAACGGGACGACGAGGAUAAGCUUGCUGAAGACAGACUGCACCUUCGUGGGCGACAUCACUGACGUCGCCGGGGCCUCGGUUGCCAUUAACAACUGCGACGGUCUGGCCGGCAUGAUCCGGACGGAUGCGGACGAGUAUUUCAUUGAACCUCUGGAGAGGGGCACCCAGGAGCUGGAGGACCAGGGCAGAGUCCACGUGGUGUACCGCAGGUCAGCCGUGCUGCAGGGCCCAUCCGACAUCUCGGUGGACUACCACAAGCCAGAAGCAGAGUUGCCGGACGUUCCCGGGACUCUGGAUGCAGUUGCGCGGCAGAUCAACGAGACGGUCCAGCAGCGGCGACGGCGGGACGCUGGCGAGAACGACUACAACAUCGAAGUCCUGCUGGGAGUGGACGACUCGGUGGUUCGAUUCCACGGGAAGGAACAUGUGCAGAACUACCUACUCACACUCAUGAAUAUUGUAAACGAGAUUUACCAUGACGAGUCCCUGGGGGUCCACAUCAACGUGGUCCUCGUGAGGAUGAUCAUGCUGGGCUAUGCCAAGUCCAUCAGCCUCAUCGAAAGAGGCAACCCGUCACGCAGCUUGGAAAAUGUAUGCCGCUGGGCUUUUGGCCAGCAGAAGGGUGACGUUGACCACGCCGAGCACCACGACCACGCCAUCUUCCUCACUCGACAAGGCUUCGGUCCCACGGGAAUGCAAGGUUACGCUCCCGUAACCGGAAUGUGCCACCCAGUCCGGAGCUGCACCCUCAACCAUGAAGACGGCUUCUCCUCCGCCUUCGUAGUGGCUCACGAGACGGGUCACGUGUUGGGCAUGGAGCACGACGGCCAAGGUAACCGCUGCGGGGACGAGACGACGAUGGGCAGCGUGAUGGCUCCUCUGGUCCAGGCGGCUUUCCACCGCUACCACUGGUCAAUGUGCAGCGGGCAAGAACUCAAGCGAUACAUCCACACGUACGACUGCCUGCUGGACGACCCCUUCAAACACGACUGGCCGCAGCUCCCCGAGCUGCCCGGGAUCAACUAUUCCAUGGACGAGCAGUGCCGCUUCGACUUUGGCGUAGGCUACAAGAUCUGCACCUCGUUCCGCACGUUCGACCCGUGCAAGCAGCUGUGGUGCAGUCACCCCGACAACCCUUACUUCUGCAAGACCAAGAAAGGCCCGCCCCUCGACGGAACCGAAUGUGCGCCUGGCAAAUGGUGCUACAAGGGUCACUGCAUGUGGAAGAAUCCCAGCCAGGUGAAGCAAGACGGCGCCUGGGGCCCGUGGGGUAAACAUGGCUCCUGCUCCCGCUCCUGCGGGACCGGCGUCCGCCUCCGGACGCGACAGUGCAACCAACCCACUCCCCUCAAUGGCGGCCAGGACUGCCCUGGGGUCAACUUUGAGUACCAGCUGUGCAACACAGACGACUGCCCUAAGCAUUUUGAGGACUUCCGAGCACAACAGUGUCAACUCCGCAACUCCCACUUUGAGUUCCAAAGUGCCAAGCACCAUUGGCUGCCCUACGAGCAUCCCGACGCCAACAAGAGAUGCCAUUUGUACUGCCAGUCCAAGGAAACGGGCGACGUGGCCUACAUGAAGCAGCUGGUGCAUGACGGCACGCGAUGCUCCUACAAGGACGCCUACAGUGUCUGCAUCCGCGGCGAGUGUGUGAAAGUCGGCUGCGACCGUGAAAUCGGCUCCAACAAAGUUGAGGACAAGUGCGGCGUUUGCGGAGGAGACAACUCCCACUGUCGCACCGUCAAAGGAACCUUCACCCGGACUCCCAAGAAAGCCGGGAAAACCAGAGGAGCCUUCUCGUUGCCCAAAGGAGCUCGCAAUGUCUUUUUAAAUGAGAGCGAAGAGUUUAGAAAUGUCAUCGGCUACCUUAAGAUGUUUCUCAUUCCUCCUGGAGCUAGACAUGUCAUCAUCCAAGAACAUGAGGCCUCCCCUCAAAUUCUUGCAAUCAAGAACCAGGCGACGGGCCACUACAUCCUCAACGGCAAAGGAGAGGAGCUCAAGUCCAGGACCUUCAUCGAUUUGGGCGUGGAGUGGCACUACAACAUCGAGGAAGACGUGGAAACGCUACACACCGACGGACCCCUGCACGACCCCGUGGUGGUUCUGAUCAUACCCAAAGAAAACGACACGCGCUCCACUCUGAUGUACAAGUACAUUAUCCACGAAGACUCGGUGCCCGUCAACAACAACAAUGUGAUCCAGGAGGACACGUAUGAGUGGGCCCUCAAGAGCUGGUCUCCUUGCUCUAAGCCCUGCGCCGGAGGCUACCAAUACACCAAGUACGGCUGCCGGAAGAAAGGCGACACCAAGAUGAUCCACAGGGGCUACUGUGACGUCGGCAAAAAGCCCAAACCCAUAAGACGCAUGUGCAACCUGCAGGACUGCACGCAACCCCAGUGGAUCUCGGAUGAAUGGGAACAUUGCACGCGCACGUGCGGCAGCCUGGGCUUCCAGGUGCGCACGGUGCGCUGCGUCCAGCUGCUGCACGCCGCCGCCAACCGCUCGGUGCACAGCAAGUACUGCAGCGGCGACCGGCCCGACACUCGCAGGCCCUGCAACCGUCUGGCCUGCCCCUCGCACUGGAGGACGGGAGCCUGGUCCGAGUGCUCCGUCACUUGCGGCGAGGGCACGGAGAGGCGACUGGUCACCUGCCGAAUUGGAGACCAUUGCGGCGGAGACAAGCCGGAGAACGUGCGCAUAUGCCGGCCUGGACCAUGCCACGACGAGCCCUGCCACGGAGACAAAUCCAUCUUCUGCCAGAUGGAAGUUUUGGCUCGCUACUGCUCCAUCCCGGGCUACAACAAACUCUGCUGCGAGUCAUGCAGCAAACGGGCGACAGGGGGCACUUUUUUCUCCGAGCCAGAGGACCACGUACGCUUCGGUUCUGCCUCUCAGUUGCUGGAGACGCUGAUGGCCAAUGCCACACGCGCCGCUAAACAACAACAAAAUGCCAGCAAACGGCAACAAAAUGGCAAUAAGCCACAGGAAAAUGGUGGCAAACAGCAACAAAAUGGUGGCAAACAGCAACAAAAUGGCGGGAAAGCACAGCCAAAUGGCGGGAAAGCGCAGCCAAAUGGCGGGAAAGCGCAGCCAAAUGGCGGGAAAGCGCAGUCAAAUGGCGGGAAACAGCAACAAAGUGGUCGGAAACAGCAGCUAAACAACGGGAAACAACAACAAAACGCCGGCCGAUCGAGACUGGUCACCACGCCUGCCCCACCCAAGAAAGCCAAAACGGCGCCAACGCCCCGGAGGAACCCGAGGGACGCCGCCCACGACGAGAGGCAGCGGCCCGCGGAUGGCGGCUUCACCGACAGCCGGUGGCCCACCACGUACUCGCAAGUGGAGAGAUGAAAGUGCCGCCUUCGUUUAAUGGGACUACGCAGACACAGCAGCUUCAUCCUUCACCCGCUAACAUCGACGACGACGUCCUCAUCAAAGACACAAACAAAGAGGUGCUGGUUCACUUUGUUAUUUAGAGUUACCGAGCUGUCGUAGAUAGGAAGCCAGAGCAGUUAUUUCACAAAGGGCACAAACAUUUCAAGGGAUUUUUGUCAAACACAAAACCAUUCAAAUCACACAUAGGAGCAAUGAAACUCUUUCCGGAUGUCAAACAGAAACCUCACUUUAUUUUUCUUUAAUGUUGAGCAACAAAAGUUCUUGCUGUCAUAACAUGCGGAAACGACCCUAACAAUGUUGAGAUGAAAAUCGGAUCAUUUUUAACACACAUCAAAGCCAACAAAGUUCCUCGAAAAUCCACCGUGUGUUAUCAUCGGAGAAUUUAGUCUCGAUAAACAUACGCGUUUGAAUAAAUAUCAACUCGGAAAGGCCGUUUGCUGUAAAAAUACAUAUAGUUCUGGACAUCAAAGCUAAUUUAGUCAUCAAUGACCCUAAUAGGUUUGACUUUUAUAUAUAAAAAAAUAUAUAUAUUUAGUCUUCAAUGAGACUUAAGCGAUUUCCCCAAACAUCAAGGACAGAUACCUUUUUGAGAAAAGCAAGGGACACACGUUGGGAGACAAAUUGGACUUUUAAGAACUUGUGUGUCUUAUAAGACAUCAAAGAUAAUUUAAAGUCUACAAUGAACCUUUUAAAAAAUCAAAAACAACUACUCUUGAGAGAAGUAACAAAAUGUCCCAUUCAAUUUAGUCCCUACAAACAGAAUCAUACCUGUUUUCAUAAAUAUUAAAUGAUAUUUAUUGUUGCGAUUUAUUGUCUUCUUGAACAUCAAAGGCAGUUGCUCUUUUUAUUCAAAUCAAAAUUCUGCAUAUGGCAUACUUAGUACAAGGUGAUAUGGAAUUAUGACAUGACAAUGAUUUUGUAUUUACAAACUGGAUACAUUUUCUCCUUUACCAUCUCAGUGUUUAACAAUAUGAAACUGUUAACAUAUGUGUUUGUACCUACCUGGAUGUAGCAGCUGUAACUUUCCAAAGCUACAGCCACAGCUAGCUUUGUCUUAGCUUCACUCACUGAAAAGGAUUUUUGAUGAAAACAACGCACAACAGCUACACGUUUGCCGAAAGUAUUCUCUACUUACACAUUAGCAUGUUUAGCAUGUGCUAACAGUCAUCCGCCUAGCAUGGGUGGAUUUUACAAAUGAUUUUGAUUUACCAUGGUGCAACACAAUUGGCACAAAACCGGCUGCCAAUCUUUUACCUUCAUUAGCGUCUCGAGCAAGUCGCUCCCAUCUUUACCCUGAACUAACAUCUUUAGCAUCCUAAUGUGAUCACAAGUGUUGAUCAUUUGGAUGGGCGUUUUCACAAUUUUUUUGGAUUAACAAUGACAAAUGGAAUAUUCCGAACCUCCUUCCAGAGAAUUCAUAUUUGAUACUUGAAUACAUGCUAGAAUUAAAUGUAGUGUCUCGCUAUAUCUGCCCAUUUCUUCCGUUUAUAGCUUGGCUUUGCUCACGUCCAACAUUUUAGCAAUGAUCGAAAUGGCGUUUUUGAUGACUGAAGAAGACAACACGAAGAAAAACAGAAAACAACAACGGAUUUCCUCACAAGCACGCCAUGCAUCUGACUGCAAUAAAAACACAACACAACAAUGUACAACAAUGUAUAGUACGUGUAUAUAGAUAGCAUUGAGUGCAAACAUAUUUAUUGAAGGGCGGUGCUGAUUGCGCAAUAACAUUUUUUUUACUUUUCCAGUAAGAUUCUCAUUUUUAAAUUUUUUAAAUGAUUUUUUUUUUUUUUUAAGUGUACUAGGAUAGAACUGACAUUGUUUUUUGCAAACAAUUAGAUGUAAAUAUACACGCUCAAUUUUGAGAUGUUUGUCACCAGGCUGUCUUUUCACAGCUGUUUUUGUUUGUAGCAACUGACCCGACGAGCGCUUCACGCUAACCGCUAGUGUAGUUGUUAGCUGCGCGUCGCUGCCGAGCUUUGUAAUGACGCUAGUCGCGCAGGACAAAACCCCUGAGCCUCCUUCCAGUACUGUAUCCAUACAACCUGUGCAUUGUCAUGUCUCCAUUGUGCUUGUCUUGUGUAUUUUGUGUAGAUUCAAGUGUACACUACUACUGAUGCUGUUUGUUGGAAUGGGGAGCACAUAGCAAUAAAGAAUAGGAUCAACAUGG